UUUCAUUCCCGGUCCGCCAGCGGUAGCAGCACGCCGCGUGCGUUCCGACGACAAAUUUACUUACGACGACUGUACGAGAGUACACACGGUGCAGUGUGCGCGCGCGAAGUGUGUUGUUUUGUUUUUCGUUUUCGUUUUUCGAAUUUUUUUUUUACGUUCAUCUCACCGUUCCCGGGUCUUUUGCCCACAAUCAUCCGUCCGUCUGUCUGUUUUCCUCUGUCGUCCACCGCAGUGAGUACGUACACGCAUGCCGUCGUCCGUCGAACACCGUCCACAAGUGCGUCGUGCAGUGCGAAUCGCGAUGAUACAAUUAUACGAUUAUCGUGGCAAUAAUCUUUCCGUAUUCUGAUAAUAUAUUAUUAUAUUAUCAUACCGUCGAGUGCGAGUUUGGGUUUUUUGAUUUGCGUUCUUGUUUUUGUUCGGUCGAAUUUUUCGGUCUCGUAUUUUUUUCACGCGCGUCAUACACCUCCCCCGCCGGAACCGCCGAAAUGCAGUUGUCUCAAGUCGUAACCAGCUCUGGCGUACUGAUGCAUGUGUACAGCGCCGAAAGACAUCAACAGCAGCAACAGCAGCAGCAGCAACAGCAACAGCAACAGCCGUUGCAACAGCAGCAGCAACACGGGGGUGACUUUCGCGUACCGCAAUCGCCGGGCGUCGUGUCGUCUUCGACGGGUAGUGGCGGAGUACCGUCUCCGCCCGCGCAGCACCAUCAUCUUCAACUGCAGCAACAGCAUCAACAUCAGCAGCAGCAACAACAACAACAUCAGCAGCAGCAACAACAACAACAACAACAACAACAACAACAACAACAACAACAACAACAACAACAACAACAACAACAACAGCAGCAACAGCAGCAACAGCAACAGCAACGCUGUUCGUUGCCACCGGCUCCGCCGUCGUCUUCAGCAGCUACAAUGCGCCCACCUGCCGCCCCGGGUCCCCGGUGCAAGCCGGUCCCGUCGGCAGCCACGCUGACGAUCAAGACGGAGUACAGCCGAAGCCCUCCGAUGCUCUCCGAGGAACCAACCAGCUCUAUACCGGACUUGGAAUUUGAUGGUGAUACAGUACUGUGCCGAGUAUGCGGUGACAGAGCAUCCGGGUUCCAUUACGGCGUACACUCUUGUGAGGGAUGCAAAGGCUUUUUCCGCCGAAGCAUCCAGCAGAAGAUCCAGUACCGGCCAUGCACCAAGAAUCAACAAUGCAACAUCUUGCGAAUCAACAGGAACAGGUGUCAAUAUUGCCGGCUCCGCAAGUGCAUCAGCGUCGGCAUGAGUCGAGACGCUGUACGAUUCGGUCGUGUGCCCAAACGGGAAAAGGCUCGUAUAAUGGCCGCCAUGCAGCACAGCAGUAACUCCAAAAGCCAGGAGAAGGCCGCCGUGGCGGAGCUUGAAGACGACCAGAGACUCGUCGCCAGCGUGGUUAGGGCACAUCUGGAGACUUGCGACUUCACGUCUGACAAGGUCGCGCCCACUUUGGCCCGUGCCCGCGAACAGCCAAAUUACACCUUGUGCCAUCCGACACUGGCUUGCCCGUUGAACCCGAGUCCACGACCCGUCACCGGACAACAAGAACUAUUGAACGACUUUUCGAAGCGAUUCUCGCCGGCUAUACGCGGCGUGGUCGAGUUCGCCAAGCGCAUACCUGGUUUCGGGCUACUCGCCCAAGACGACCAGGUGACCUUGCUCAAAGCCGGUGUUUUCGAGGUGCUACUUGUUCGCUUGGCCUGCAUGUUCGACUCUGAGUGUAAUAGCAUGGUGACGCUCAACGGUCAAGUGUUGCGCAGAGAAUCGGUUUGCGCAUACUCCAACGCUAGAUUCCUCACUGAUUCCAUGUUCGAGUUUGCCGAAAGGUUGAACGCAAUGCGACUAAACGAUUCGGAAAUUGGUCUAUUCAACGCCGUCAUCGUGAUCGCUGCCGAUCGCCCAGGCUUGCGCAAUGUCGAAUUCAUCGAACGCAUGCACAAACAGUUAAAAUGCGCGUUGCAGUCGGUGCUCAUGCAAAACCAUCCGGACCGUCCUAGCUUGUGCCAAGAACUGUUGAAGAAAAUCCCGGACUUAAGGACGCUCAACACGUUGCACUCAGAGAAACUGCUGGCGUUCAAGAUGACCGAACAGCAAAACCAACUGGACCAACAGCAACAGCAUCAGCAGCAACAGCAUCAAGACACCACCACCACGACCAGCAUCGCAUCCGCCGCUGUCCAACACCAUCAGAACAUCGGUGGCAUGUGGAGCCUGAUGAUGAACGGAACCGACGAUUUUAACCGCAAGAGCCCGGAGGAGGCAGGCUCGUCGUCAUGGUCGGAUGAGACCACUUCCGUGGAGGACAUGAAGAGUCUGGCCAUGUUGGACGAAGUCAAGAGCCCGCUGGGAUCGGUGUCCAGCACCGAGUCUGUGUGCUCGGACGAAUACCAUCAUGGACCAAGCAAACACGCUGCGAGUGCUCCUCUGUUGGCGGCCUCGCUGGCUGGGGCCGUGUGCCCGAUCAGGCGGCAUGCAGCCGCGCCGUCGGACGAACUACAUCACCAGGUGAUCGUCCGGCCGAUGUCUUGCCGCCGGUACCAGCGGAAGCAGGACUCGCCCACUGACUCUGGAAUCGAGUCGGGCACGGAGAAGCUGGACAGACCGAUGCCACACAGCGCGCCCACUUCAGUGUGCUCCAGCCCGCGAUCCACCGUCGAGGACGCCGUCAUGUCGGCCGACUCGCAUCAUCCGGCCAUUGAAGACAUGCCGGUGCUGAAGCGCGUGCUCCAGGCGCCGCCACUGUACGAUACCAACUCACUGAUGGACGAGGCGUACAAGCCGCACAAAAAGUUCCGAGCCCUACGCAGCGCCAAAGACUCUGCCGAGGCUGAGGCUGUCCGACCGUCGGUGGCGACUACCGUCCACAACAACAGUACCCUCCUCAACCACCUCCAACAAAGCCACCACCACAAUUCGCCGCAACUGCACCAUCACCUCACGUCGUCGUCGUUGUCGAGCACUCACUCGACGCUGGCCAAGUCGCUGCGCGAGACACCAAAGAUGACCGCGGAACAGAUCAAACGCACCGAAGACAUUCACAACUUUAUAAUGCGCGAGGAUACGGCGUGCAGCGGUUACCAACAACAACUAACGCAACAACACCACCACCACCACCACCACAACAACAACAACCACCAUCUACACCAACAACAACCUCCGACCAGGUGGCAACACACGCCUGUCAUUACAUCUGCCUUGGCCCAGAACAGUUGCAGAUUAUCACCGACGCCGCCUUCCAGCAGGUAUGCGUCGUCGACCGUGAGCAGUGGUGGCGUUUUGGCGCGGGUCCUGUCGCCGUCGUCUUCGUCGUGUGCGUCUCCACCGCCGUCGGCGCUGUCAAUGGUCAUGCGCCGCACACCGUCGCCGAACGUUGUCAACCUCCAGGUGGGCAUUACCAACGCAGCCGCGGCCGAAGCGGCGGCCGCUCACCAGCAGCCGCUCAACCUGUCCAAAAAGCUGUCCCCGUCGCCGACGUCCGCCGUCGGCAGUGGUACCACCACGCCACCAUCUCCUGCUCCCGCUCAGGUGGCCAUGGAAGCGUAAUCCACCCUCACCCCGCCCACCACACUCCCCGUUGCCGUACGUAACCGCAUCGACUCGAUCUCACGAGAGUCAAUCUCUAGACCAAAACACGAAAAAAAUCAACAAUUGGAAACAAAUGGGGUUUCUAUACGCAAACCAAAACAGGUGCGGUGAUCGUUUUCCUAUUUUAAUAAUUUUUUUUUGUUUUAAUUUUAAUUUUUUUUUUUGUGGCAAUACAUACAACUGUGUACAUAUUACUAUAAAAUAUUAGGCCUUACGAGUUUAAGUUUAAUUAUAUAAUAUCAUAAUACAUAUAUAUAUAUAUCUCAUGCUCUUAUUUUUCUCUAUAUAUAUACAUAUAUAUAUAUAUUUAACUAUCUUUAUUCUAUUUAAUAAUUAUUAUACAAACGUUUUCCACAUAACUAUUUUUUUGGAUUUACGAGAAAAAUAUUAAAACAAAAAUGUACAAAUUUACAAAUCGACCGAUUUUUUCCGACGACACCCCGCGUGAUAUAUAUAUCAAAUUAUAAAAUAUUUAUGUUUAUGUAGAAGUAUAAUUAUAUAUAAUACAUUUAUUAUGAAAACAUUUAUUUCUUUUUAUUUUUAUUUUUAAAUGUGAUAUACAUUUUAAGGAUCGCAUUUGGUUUUAUUCUGUACAUAUUACAUUUUACCGUGUAAGUUACAAAAUAAUUUGGUUUUUUGCCCAUCGUAGUUAGAGACUCUAUGAUAUUCAUCCUGGUAUAUAGUUAUUAACGGUUCAAACCGAUUUGACGUUUUCCUUUUUGAACAUUACCUAUAUAAUAUAUAUGUGUAUACACUACAUUUAUAUAUAAUGUUUGAUAGUUAUAUAUUAUAUUAGAAUGGUUAAAUAGUGACCUCUUUUUUUUCUUUCUUUUUGUUGUAAAUACGAUUUUAAAUUUACGAAGCAAAAACCCAGUAUGUAUAUAUAUAUAUAUCAUAAUAUAUACAUUUUGAAUGUUUUCGAGAUAAAUUUUUGAGACUGAGGGAAGUGUCAAGCCAUUUUUAAUUUUAUUUUAUGACGCCUCGCGCGGUUUGGUUUUUUCGUUUCUGGGCAUGUAGCCUGUAAAAAAAAAAAUAUUUCUACAGCAAUCCCUAUAUAUAUAUUAUAUUUCAUAUUUGUGUUUUUAUUUGCGAUAUAAAAAAUCGAGUUGGCCAGUACAAAUUUUCAGACCCACAAUAUUGUUUUUUAUUUAUUUUAUUUUUUUUGUACAUAAGCCAAAAACUAAUUCCCAUUCUCCCUGCCCUACAACACUACCACCACCACCACCACCAAUACUUCCAUAAGACUGGUGUACCAAUCGUAUUAUUGUUCCCACUGCUGCAGCUGAAGUGAGACACUAUAUUAUAUUAUAUAUUUUUUGCACAAAAAUAAAAUGAGGAGUGUUCGAUGGACUAUAUUUCGAUUUCCUUUACCGGUCGUAUAUAAUAAUAUUAUAAAGUUUCACAUGACAUUAAUGAGAAAAUAAUAAAAAUUAAAAUUAAAAACACGAAUGAUCAGCCGAAUGUCCGUGAAGGACGACGAUAUAAUAUGGUAACGAUACGUAAUACCAAUGUGUGUGAGUGUGUGUUUGAUACCAUAAUGAGACAUAAGUUCGUCGUCAACGAGUGAAAUACACGAUUAUCGCAUGUUCGGACAUUGAUGCCGCCGCUCAUCUCGUGAUAUAUUUAUUUAAUUUACUAUGUACUGCGAUAGAAAUGAAUAAAAUAUGGUAUAAUAUAAAAUACAAAAAAAAAAAAAAUAGGUCGAGUACAA